AUGUUUAAACAAUCAAUUAAAUCCGUAUAUCAAAUAAAUAAAAGAUGCUUAUCAAAUACUGCUAAAAGAUAUGCAAAAGGAGAUCAAUCAACAAUUGAUUCUUUUAGAUUACCAUCACAAACAUCAAUAAAUGAAUGGGAAUUUAAAUAUGAUUUUAUUCCUAAAACUUCAGAACCAAAAGUUCCACCUAUUUCUAAAGAAGCAGUUAAACAAGAUAUAGCACAAGAAAAAGUUAAAAAAGUAGAAAGAGAAUUAUUUAAUAAAGAAUCAAAUUCAAGUAUAAAAGUUGAAGCAAAUAAUGCAGCUGUAUUACAUGGUGGUGAACAUGUUGGUGCAGAACCUGAAUAUCAUGAAGAUAAAGGUAGUAGUCCAAUUGAUUCAUCUUUAAAUACUACAAAAGUUAAGAAAUCAAAAAAAUCUCAAAAUCAUGAUCAAUAUUUACAAUCUUCAAUAAAUCCAAAUAUUAACAAUGCAAAUGUAAUAAAUUUAGGUGAAAAUGAAAUUGAUCAUAAAACUGAAAAAGUUGAUAAACAAUCUCCAAUUGUUGAAGAUAUUGAACAUGAUAAUUUACAUAAUGAAGGUCAAUCACAAUCAACUGAAAAUUCUAAUACUGGAAUUUAUGGAAUAUUAGCUUUAUUAGGUUUAGGUGGUGGUGGUUAUUGGUAUUAUUCAUCAACUACUAAAUCAUCAAAGAAAUAA